UUGCUGUCAGCAGGUGCUGGAAAUGAAGCUAAUGAGAGUUCAGUGACUCAAAGAAGAAACUAACAAUGGGUUGAAAGAUACUGAACCUAGCCUGUUCAACAUGGAGGCACACAAAGCAUAGGAGUCUGGUACUGACAGUGUGGAAGGAGUGAACAGAAGAGGGAAGACGGAGAGGAAGAGAAGAACGGGUGUCAGAGGAGAUCGGACCCUGGUUACUGUACAGAGCAGAUGGGCGAGACAGAGGAUGAGCGGACAGCUCAGGCCAGCCAGCUCUUUGAGAACUUUGUCCAGGCGUCCACCUGUAAAGGGACGCUGCAGGCGUUCAGCAUCCUCUGCAGGCAGCUGGAGCUGGAUCCUCUGGACUACAGCAACUUCUACAGCUCGCUGAAGGCUGCCGUCAGCUCAUGGAAGGUCAAGGCUCUGUGGACCAAACUGGACAAGAGGGCGCAGCACAAGGUCUACAACCACAACAAGGCCUGUCAGGGCACCAGGUGUCUGAUCAUCGGCGGAGGCCCUUGUGGUCUGCGGACAGCCAUCGAGCUGGCGCUGCUGGGCUGUAAGGUGGUGGUGAUUGAGAAGAGAGACACCUUCUCCCGGAACAACGUGCUCCACCUGUGGCCCUUCACUAUUCACGACCUCAGGGGCCUCGGAGCCAAGAAGUUCUACGGCAAGUUCUGCGCCGGCUCCAUCGACCACAUCAGUAUCCGUCAGCUCCAGCUGAUGCUGCUAAAAGUGAGUCUGAUCCUGGGAGUGGAAAUUCAUGUCAACGUGGAGUUUGUCAAACUUUUGGAGCCACCAGCGGAACAGACUGAUGACAGCCCUGGGUGGCGAGCAGAGGUUCAGCCUUCCAGCCAUCCUGUCUCAGACUUUGACAUCGACGUGGUGAUCGGAGCCGACGGACGCAGAAGCACAUUAGACGGUUUCCGUCGAAAAGAGUUCCGAGGUAAGUUAGCCAUUGCCAUCACGGCGAACUUUGUGAACAGGAACACAACGGCAGAGGCCAAAGUGGAGGAAAUAAGCGGCGUGGCCUUCAUCUUUAACCAGAAGUUCUUUCUAGAACUCAAGGAGGAAACAGGAAUCGACUUGGAAAACAUUGUUUACUACAGAGACAACACUCACUACUUUGUCAUGACGGCAAAGAAGCAAAGUCUGCUGGAAAAAGGGGUCAUCUUAAAUGACUACAUAGAGACGGAGCGACUGCUGAGCCCUGACAACGUCCACCAGGAGGCGCUGCACUCUUACGCCCGCGAGGCCGCUGACUUCGGCACAAACUACCAGCUGCCGUCCCUCGACUUCGCCAUCAACCACUACGGGCAGCCCGACGUGGCCAUGUUUGACUUCACCAGCAUGUACGCGUCUGAGAACGCCGCUUUGAUCAGGGAGAAACACGGACACCAGCUUCUCGUCACACUGGUGGGAGACAGUCUGCUUGAGCCCUUCUGGCCGAUGGGUACAGGCUGUGCUCGGGGUUUCCUGGCAGCCUUCGACACAGCCUGGAUGGUGAAGGGCUGGGCACAGGGACGGAGUCCUCUGGAGAUACUGGCUGAGAGGGAGAGUAUUUACCGACUGCUGCCUCAGACCACCACAGAGAACAUCAGCAAAAACUUUGAACAAUACGCCAUUGACCCCUCAACACGCUACCCCAACCUCAACUCCAGCUGUGUGCGCCCUCACCAGGUUCGUCACUUGUUCAUUGAUGGACAAAUAGACUCGUAUAAGAUGGAAAGAGGAGGCCCGACACGCCGCUCAGUCAACCUGUCCAGAAGAGAGUCUGAAGUGCGUCCUGGCCGCCUGCUCACUUGGUGUCAGAAGCAGACUCAAGGCUACAGAGGCGUCGACGUCACUAACCUCACUUCCUCCUGGAGGGACGGCCUGGCCCUCUGUGCCCUCGUACACCACCAGAGGCCCGAGCUCAUCGACUAUGAGUCUCUGAACGAGGAGGACGUCGCUGGGAACAACCAGUUGGCGUUUGACUUGGCUGAGCGAGAGUUCGGCAUCCAGCCGGUCACCACAGGAAAGGAGGUGGCUGCGGAGGCGGAGCCAGACAAGCUGCUAAUGGUCCUCUACCUCUCCAAAUUCUACGAGGCCUUCAGGAACUCACCGGUGAACGGUGCAAGAGAAUCCGAUGAAAACAGUGAAGGUUACUCAUCUAAAACCAACCACAAGCUGCUGAGCCUGCCUCUGCACAGGAAGAGGAUACCCAGGGAAGAAAAGACGGCGGAAGAUGAUUCUAUUAACAAGAGACGACGAAAGGGAAACAACUACCUCACAGAGUUGUCCUGUCACAGUGCGCUACCUGCUGGUGAGGAAGGGGAGCUGCGGGAGAACAAGGUGCGCUCCAUGGCCACUCAGCUGCUCGCCAAGUUUGAGGAGAACUCCUCCACAGCACAGACACGCAGCAAGUCUGAUGAAGACCCCUCUGAUCCAUCCUCUUCUCCUCCUCUGUCUCCUUCCACCUCUCCGCAUCCUCUCUCAGAAGAGGAGGAUGAUGAGGGACAAAAGGAGGAGAGGGAAAACCCACGAUUUGCGAAGCCCAAAGACACCCCUCCUCCUCCUCCUCUGCCCCCCACCCGCCCCAAGUGGCAGCCGUCCGUCUACCUCCGCCUGCUGGAGAACUCCCCCAAACCCUCUCACCCUCUGAGCAGCUACAGUCGCUCCCCCUCCCCCUCAUUCUCUAGGGGUCCAAUAAGUCCUCCCCGCUCACCCAGCCCUACUGUCACCGAGCGUUACUACCCAGAACGCACCUCUCCUGACCUCGCACCCUGUCAUUUUUCUGCUUCCUCUCCGUCGAGCGCUGAUCCUCCCCCUGAGUGGUCAGACGAGUCAGCGCGGCAGAGUAAAGCCCACCAUCGCUCCGGUAGAGAGUUUUCUCAGAGGAGCAUAAAGGAGCGAGCCGGCCUCCUCUCCUCCAUGUUUCCCGUGUCCCAAAAACCUUCUCCUGCUCUUCUUUCUCCUCCUUCUGGGUCACAGGUUGUGUAUUUCACCAGCUACUGGCAUGGACUGUUUUAACGGCUUUACUGAGUA